GUCCCUAAGUAACGAAGUUGAUACAAACCUCGAUUCCGCAAUGAAUAUAUCCUUAAACCAUUUGAUAAAACUGUUACCGAGGGAAUUCGAUGGUGACAGAACAAAACUACGUUCGUUCAUUAAACAGGUAGACUCUGUUUUUGAAUUAGCUAGUCCUUCGCAAAAACCGGUUCUAUUAUUAUUCGUAAAAAAUAAAGUAGAGGGUAAAGCCCGAGACCAGAUUGAUAUUCAUUGUAAUCUCACCACUUGGGAGGAAGUCUCUGAAUUAUUGCUAAACUUAUAUCAGGAUAAAAAAUCUCUAGAUCAACUCAUGGAAGAAUUAAAUUCAAUUCAACAAAAUCGCAAUGAAAACGUUUCACAAUUUUAUGAAAGAUUAGAAGAAUUCCAAUCAAGAAUUCUAGGAACUAUUCACUCAACAGACUGUGAGGAUAAUACAUUGGCAGGGCGCGUAGCAAUGAUAAACGAAAUGACUCUCAGUCGUUUCGUGUUUCAUUUGCACCCACAAAUAUCCCAAAUGUUGAGAUAUCGCGAUUUCCCAAAUAUUAACAGCGCUCUCACGGCAGCUAUGGCCGAGGAGAAAGCUUUGCGUCUGAGAUACAAUAACUUUCAGCAUUGUAGAAUUUGUAACAAGUCAAAUCACAGCAUUAAUGACUGCUAUUUAGGGAAACAAAGAUCAUCUCCUAGUAGAGCAAUCAAUUUUAAUCAAUCGAGUCAAAACAAUGCAUUAAAUAAUAUAAAACAGUGUAGAUAUUGUAAAAAUUUUGGUCACAAUAUAGAAGAAUGUAGGAAACGGGAGUAUAAUAAUUCUAGACAAAAUAACGGACUCUAUCGCCAGUCAAACUCCAACAAUUCGCAAAUAAAUCGACAGCAACCAAAUCCUAACAAUUUUCGCACAUAUCGACAGAAUCCAAAUUCCUUUAAUAAUCAUUCUCAAAAUCCACGAGAUAUUAGAUAUCAAGAACAGAACCAAUUCCUCCUAAUGAGGUUACGCCAUAUAAUACCAUCUCAAAAGAUCCUCAAACUGGAAAUUUUCGUCAGGUCCAAUAACCACCAGAACCCCCGAAUCCAUUGGAAGAAGCAACGAAGGAAUUCAAUCUCAUGAGUACACGAUAAACUCUUCAAAUUCA